GACUGGCGUGCUGUUGUAAACUCGGCUAUAACCGCGUAAGCGGUGUCUACGUCAAUAAGGAAGAAGAAGAAUACUUAUUUUAGUAAAUAGCCUUUUUUAAUCAGAAUUUACUGCUAACUAGACAUUGAGAAAAUUGCCCUAAGGCAGUUUUGUUUGCGUUGGAAUCCUAUAUGGUCUUGAAUUCCAAAGUACUGUGAGCAAGAUGUACAAUUUUCGAAUAAUUAAGAAAAUUGAAACUAAAGACCUUUCUAGACGGAGAGAAGUAUAGAGAAGUGAUGUAGAGAAAGCUAUAAACCCUUUCCAAUCGUCCAACCCUGGCACAAGGUUAUGGCAUUUGAUGAAGGUUUUGACAUCACUUAAGACAAUAGAGUAUUAUACCAAAGAGGGAGACCGAGGGAAGAGUUAUGGUUCUUUAAGGAAAACCUCUUAUAUGUGCAUAGAUUUAAAGAUCAUUCUUAUAAGAAUGUUUCAAAUAACCUAAAACGCCUUUGAACAUGUAAAACUCUCAAAAACUAUAUUAGAAGCCACAAACUAGGCGAACAAGAAAUCAAGCGCCUGUGCAGUCGCUGUCGAAUAACCAAUCUCUGGGUAAACAAAUGAAAUUACCUGGCAACAAUAACAUCUUUAAUAUUCCUUUACUCAGUUAUUAUUCGUUUCCAUACCAACACUGUACUGUUUCAAGCGAAUUUCAAGUAUUUUAGUUUAUUCCGUAACUCAAUGCGAGAGGCACGAUUUUUCAUUUUUCAAUAUCACGAAAAAAAAUUUUGUUUUUUUUAAUAUAAAAUAAUUUUCAAUAGAAUACAAUCCAAUGAGCAGUUCGGAAGCAUGGGAAUCUUGCUUAUGGGCAACGUACGCGUCGCCAUAUUCGCUUAUCAGCAUCGGCAUGGAGGCUUUGGCGACGCUUCACGAUCACACAAUACAUUUCACCGACUUGAAGACACGAAAUAAAUUGUACUACACCAUUGACAAUCCCGGUGUGGGAUUGGGUGCACGUAAUCUCGCUGGACACUUCUCGCUGCCGAUGUUCGCCUAUUCAGAGACUGUUAUCCGGCCAACCAUACACAUUGUGCGCUAUCCGGAUAUGCACAAGCUGUUGCAAUUACGUUGUAACAACGUAGUCAGCUAUGUGGACAUGCUUUUCUCCAACUACGAUAUGCUUAUCACUCUAAGUGGAUUCCCGGAUUAUUCCUUCCGUAUUUGGAAUUGUCGUACCGGUAAUUUACUGGUAGAGGUCGCUACUGGUAUUAAAUGCUCAGUGCACUCAUUGCAUUGCUCCAGCCGCACCUGGCCCAUGAUCAUGCAAUUCUCGAAGUUCGAAAAAGCGAUAGUCUUCUGGGAAAUGCAUUAUACCGCCGAGGCGAUGGUCCUGCAUGAGAUAUCGCGUGUGCAGUUGCCGAAAUCGCAUUUGUUGAGUACACAAUUCGCAAUGUGCUCGCAAAACGAUGUGAUGUAUGUGGUGAAUGAUUUCGGUGUUGUGUUCAGUAUCGAAGUAGCACAAUUCUAUUUGUCACGUCAGUGGGGCACCACAUUCUCACACCAUGACCAACCACAACCACACUGUUUAUUUGCGCACAAGCAGGGCCUUAUUGUGUCCAACGCCAACAGUGCGACAUUGAUAACUCAUAAACGUAACAACUGGGCUGUAGAAUGGGUGUUGAAGGACAUUCGUGUGCCGAUUGUGAAGAUUGUUUCGAACUUCGCUGGCGAAGCUUACGCUACCGACGAUGUGGGCUCACUGUAUCAACUGCAGGCGAGCGAGUACUAUAGCACACUUAUCGACUUUUCCGUCUCGAAUUAUACGGUGGAAGACUUUACCAUAUUGCGUGGCCUCAAGGAGGAGAACCUACUCAUACUCACACGUGGCAAUAUGCUGUGCGCUUUCGAAAUAAGUCAUAACACCAAAUACUCGUCGUUGGAAAUACCGAAUGGUUCAUGCGUUGCCACGCACAAUUCCUCGCCAUUUGCUGCCGCCGGCACCACAGAUGGUAAAGUGUACUUUUUGUCGUUCGAAAAGAUACGUGCACCCAUCGUUCUACACAUCAUGGAGAUCGAUAAAUAUGGCAUAUCAGAGAUAUAUUUAGCAAACCAAACCGGUCUAAUCAAGACCAUAAAGAACGAGUAUAAAGAAAUGGUUGUGGAUUUUAAGUCCGAACGUUUUCUAAUCGUAGUGCCGUUACUCAGUCGCUCGCACAAACGCAUGCUGCACUUCUUCCUGAUCGAUCAGGAUCAUGGCCUGUCAUUUUUAUCGCAAGACGAAAUCAAAGACACUGAUAUUCCGUAUGCGGAUGAAUUGUGGGUCUCUGCUUGGCUCGCGGACAAGCGUGUUGUCAAUCGUCGUAUGUAUAACUUACAGAAGAAAUAUCGAAGCAUCACGUUGUUGGACGUCUCGAAUAAGGAUCAUGCGGAACUUAUCGCAUUGCCGGUAGACAGUUUCUUGCUGGAUAUUUAUUUUAUACAGCAUAUGGACAAAGUGAUCUUAAUGCGCUCCUUAAAUACGUUGCAUAUGGCAUAUGUCUCUGGUGUGGCGGGCUCAAAUCACAUCAUAACUUAUGAUGUUAGCACGCUAAUGAUACACUUUCGUCAUCAUAAGCGUAGCUCGAAGCCGUAUGUGGUGUGUCGGAAACUGUACUCCAGCUAUUCACAGCGACUCAUAAGGCACAUAAAAGAAAUCUAUAACAGCAAAUAUCUGGCAGUUCUACUGGAAUCUGGUUGUUUGAAGAUUUCUCGUUUACCACCGCUUGCCGAUAACCUACGCGAGAACACCGAGGUACUCGAAGCACCAGUGGAGCUCGAGUUAGAACGUGUGGUUGAAACACCUUCAACGGCAUCGUUUACUAAGCAAUUGAUUUCGAAAGAAAAUUAUGACCGUCGCGCGAAUAUUGACCAACGGCUGGCUCAAUUGGAGGAGGAGGUACGUGCCCUCAUUGACUACGACAUCGCAGUAACAGGUAAAACUCAAGGUAUCUAUCGCAAGUUUUGCCUUAACUACGCCUGGUUGAAUCAGCUGAAUGCGGAGGCGCGUAAAGUCUGCGAAAUCGAACACAAUUCACUAAUGGAGAGUAUUCUGGAUAAGAGUCGCAUACGUGAUUGGAUUAUGAAUUUGAUUGCGCAAAAUUCGUUGAAGAUCAGCACGAAAGUUCGUGCAAUCUUUGCGAAUAACGCAUUCGAGAACUAUUCAUUGAGUAAAAUGCGGAAAGACAUGAUGGAUUUUUUCGACUUAUAUCGUUUUCAAGACUUCGAACCGCUCGAAGAGGACGAAGAAACCGAAGAAAUUGUACCACAAAAAGAAAUAGCCGGCGCUACUAGUGUUGUGUUUGCUAUACCUGCUGAUGAAGCUGAGGCAGAAGUUGAAGUGCCUGCUGCUGUCGUGAAGAAGAAACGGAAACUGUACAAAAUUGUGGGUAAUGUCUUUGAACAUCUAAUGUCAGAGGAUUUCCAAAUGCAGGAUAUAACUUGGGUUACGGCGAACCAGAUGUGUAAUCACGACAUUAAAUUCAAGGUUCUUUUGGAUGUGCCGUUACGCGAAGAGUACAAUAAACUGUUCGAACAAGAAAAACUGUAUAAAGAAGAAAUCAUGAAAAGUAUUAUAAAAACAAAUGCGUCGCUGACUCAUAUUUAUAACGAUAUGAACAUUAUGCUCUCACUAUUGGGUAUGAAAACAUUCACGCCGCAGCAGUUAUCGGUGCCAGUACUAAUGAACGAUGAGGUGUUGGAACGUAUAAUGACGGUUGAUGACUCUGAGAUUAAAGCGAUCAAUCGACGCGCUAAAAAAGCGGUGGUUAGCGAUCAGAAACGUGGACGCAUGUUGCUGUGGUCUAUUGAUUUUUGGAUGCGUGCGUUGAAUACCAUGAUGGAUGGCGUAUUGGAGAAAUUGUGGGAAGAGGAGAUCAAGAAGACGCCACCGGAGCCAGAGUUUAUGUCGAAACGACAACCGCACGAAUACACCUUGGAGGAUCAAAAACUACUGCGUAUAUAUGAGGAAACUUUACGCAUACUAACCGAAGAUCGCAAUAAAUAUUUACGCAUUCUGAAUGUGAACGAGCGCAAGACGAACGAGUUAAAAAUCAACUAUAUUCAUAAAUUUAAUGAACGCUGCGCUCAAAUGGCGAUACUUAAGCUGAAAUAUGAUUUUGCUUUGAAACAUUUCCGCGUGCGCAUACUCGGUUUGAAGGUGUCUUUCUAUCAGCGUGUGACCUUACGUAAUUCCAUUGCAGAUUUGAGAGUUGAAACCGAAAAGGCCAAUGAAUAUACCAAUCGUUAUGUGAAACUGAUUGAAUUCUCUGAGAAAUCCAUCGCUGAUAUCAAGCAGGAUAUGGAGACCUUAAACGCACGUGACAAAACUAUUGAACGACAAUUUAAAGGCAACUUUCUUGCGAAUGCACCGGCUUUUUCGCAUGAAUUGAGUAAACUUUUUAGACGACGCCCGAAAAUGCAGCAACGCUCAUUUCAAUCGGCUUUGGUGUGUCACGAGGUCGCUGCUCGUUUGGUUCAUAAGAGCCGUUUCACGUUCCCCUUACCCGUCGAAGUGCAGGAGUACUUUACUAGUUUGCACAAUUUGGACGAUAUACAAAAUGCGCCACAUCAACUAGAACCCAAGUAUUGGGAACAAUUCGUACGCUUGCGACGACAGAAAAUCGAGAAUGAACUUAAGAUUAAGGGUCAAGGCUUCCAUUUGACCGAUUCACAGGACAAAUUAAAUAAUUCCAUAACGGACUUGAAUAAUUUGAGAAGUCUGAAACAGCAGAUGAUGUCAGAAACGGAUCGCCUAUCGGGACAAUAUUUCAACAUCGUACAAAAUCAACGCCUGGAAUUGGUGUUGCCUUUGGGUCAGGUGGAAACAUCCAUCGGUGGAUCCAUGAAGAAUUUACAAAACUGCAUUCUAAUGAACAUUGACGAUAUAAAUGAUGUGAAUAGCUUAAUCAAGAAAGCUGGUGCUAAAAAACUACGCACAAUGCAACGUUUAGCCGUCUUUCGACGUCAGGUGCUCUACAAAGAGUGGGAGCAUAAAAUGUAUCGUGCAAAUAUUGAUUAUCUCAAGUAUAUGUUGGAAGUCAUCGAGAAAUGUAAGGUCACCGCCGAAUUUCUACAAUUAUUACGAAAAUGGAAGAAAAUUAAAGAAGAGCGUAUCAAACUAUCCCGAAUAGGCAGUAUCGAUCAGUUGAUUGAACAACGCGUAACGGCAUACCGCAAAAAUUUAGACCGCAUCAAUGAGAAAAUAGUAGUAUGUAAAGAUCAAAUAGUUGAGGUAAAACGCAAAAAUCAGGCAUUAAAUCGAUCCAUCGAUGAGGUUAAAGUGGAUGUAGCCCUAUUUACCGCAAAUCGGGAUACUCUCUUGGAAGAGAAACUGCAAAGAGAGCGCAAUGAAAGCAUAGAAAAGGUGAAACGGCACAGCUACUUGAUUAAUGAAGUGCGUCAAGAUUAUGCGCAUAUAUUGGAGCUGAAGACGAUUUUAGAAUUGCAACGUUUGCGCACAUUCCCAACAUUAGGACCACCACCCGAUGAUUGUGGACAGCCAAUGAAUUAAU